AUGGUGAACGUGGGUAUCAACGGAUUUGGUCGUAUUGGCCGUAUUGUCUUCCGCAACUCGCUUAACCACCCUGACACGGAUGUGGUGGCAGUGAACGACCCCUUCAUUGACCUCGACUACAUGGUGUACAUGCUCAAGUAUGACUCGACGCACGGCCGCUUCGAUGGUGAGGUGAGCGCCCGUGACGGCAAGCUCGUGGUGAAUGGCCGUUCGAUCCACGUGUAUGCUGAGAAGGACCCAAGCAACAUCCCAUGGUCUGAGAGCGGUGCCCUCUACGUGGUCGACUCGACUGGUGUGUUCAAGUCGAUCGAGAAGGCGUCGGCCCACUUGAAGGGCGGUGCCCGCAAGGUCGUGGUCUCAGCUCCAUCGGAGGAUGCGCCUAUGUACGUGUGCGGCUGCAACCUAGACUCGUACAACCCAUCUGAGAACAUUGUGUCGAACGCUAGCUGCACGACCAACUGCUUGGCCCCACUUGCUAAGGUGAUUCACGACAAGUUCGGCAUUGUCGAGGGUCUUAUGUCCACCGUGCACGCCACGACGGCUACGCAAAAGACCGUUGAUGGUCCAUCGUCCAAGGACUGGCGCGGUGGUCGUGCUGCCGGCGCUAACAUCAUCCCGUCGAGCACAGGCGCUGCUAAGGCUGUCGGCAAGGUGAUCCCGAGCCUGAACGGCAAGCUGACUGGUAUGGCGUUCCGUGUGCCAACAAUUGACGUUUCGGUCGUGGACCUGACGGUGCGCAUUGAAAAGUCGGCCUCGUACGACGAGAUUAAGGCCGAGAUCAAGCGUGCCUCGGAGAACGAGCUCAAGGGCAUUCUUGGCUACACAGAGGAUGAGGUUGUGUCGCAGGACUUUGUGGGCGACAACCACAGCUCUAUCUUCGAUGCCAAGGCCGGUAUUGCGCUUAGCCCGAACUUUGUCAAGCUCGUUUCGUGGUACGACAACGAGUGGGGCUACUCGCGCCGCUGCCUUGACCUGAUCACAUUCAUGGCCAAGAAGGACGGUUCGGCGUAG